AUGUGUUGGCUGAGGUCAUUGGCCCAUGCGAGGUUGGGAUGUGGACGGAGCUUGCUUCUGCCGAUCCCCGAGCUAAAGGUGGGACCUCGAUUCAGAGGACCUGCUUAUCUUAUCUUCAACCUCAUCGAUGUCCACGAACACCAGCUGGCACCUCACGGUUCAUUCGAGCCUCUCGUCCAACUCCGAUCAGUGCGACAACCGACGACGGCAAUAGCCCUUGCGACCGCCGUAUCCACCGAUAUCGAAGACUUGCGACUGCACUUCACUGUACGACGUGAACGGCUCCAGACAACCCACGUGAACGACGCAACGUGCUUGCGAUCCGAGGCGGCAGCCACUUCCGCGACACAGCCCGGUACCAGGCGUCCGACGCCAGCGAUACUUCCCUCCCUUACUAUUCGGCAGGCGUCUGCGAGGAAUCAUGGCCGCAAGCAAGGCAACCCGCUUGGGAGAGGAAAUCUGGAAGUACGUUGCGUGGCACCUGAAUGCCCAAGAACGAACAAGUCUGACGUGCUUGAUUGUAGAACCCGCAUAGACAAAGUCAACGCCGAGCUCGUCACCCUCACCUACGGAACAAUUGUUGCGCAGUUGUGCAAAGAUUACGAUAGCGACUAUGUCGAGGUCAACAAGCAGCUGGACAAGAUGGGAUACAACAUCGGCCUUCGUCUCAUUGAGGAUUAUUUGGCAAAGUCGAAUACAAUGAAGAGAUGCGCAAACUUUCGCGAGACCGCAGACGUCAUUGCAAGAGUCGGCUUCAAGAUAUUUCUAAACAUCACGCCACAGGUGACCAACUGGACGACGGACAACAAACAGUUCUCGCUUGUGUUUGACGAAAACCCUCUCGCAGACUUUGUCGAGCUGCCCGAUGACGAGCGAGCGCAGGAUGAGCUCUGGUACUCCAAUAUCUUUUGUGGAGUCUUGCGGGGAGCUCUUGAGAUGGUGCAGAUGCAGGUCGAAGCGCACUUCAUCAGUGACGUUCUGCGAGGCCAUGACACGACCGAGAUGAGGGUGUCAUUAGUGCGGUACAUUGACGACGAGCUACCUCCCGAAGAUGACUAG